GAUUGAUAGAGGUGUUCAUUUAUUAAGCACUGAGGGACAAUCUUAUGGGAACUGUGAGGGACUGACUUCGCAUCGGAGAAGACGACUGAAAGGAUUUGAUUGAGAAGAUAACACAAAAAACGGAUGUAUAAAAGUCAGAUUAUUUUUUUGGUGACUUGGGAUAGUGCUUGAGCCACAUUUUCUUAUCGGACCGUGUAGAAGCACUGCCAGCAAGGAUGAAGAAAUGUAAAGGGUGUCUUAUGAUGCCCAGGAAGAUGUGGCGGUUUACUUGGGUAUUAGACUAAAACACAAGACGGAAGAGCUGCUGCGAUAAGAGCUGAGAAUGCCUCAGUUUGGUUGACAUGGACGCCAGGUGAGAAGAUAACACCUUUUAGUCCUGUGCGCAGCCUGGGAGAGGACAGGUAGAAAUAAAAGGGAUUGGACUCAAGCACAAGACUCCCUCCCGACUCCUGGCUCUCUCAAAUGCAACUUCCCUUGUGAUCGAGCUUUGAGGACACCUCCAUCACACACUGGGACUCCAGGCCAGCCCUUCAGCUUCUGAUCCUGCCACCGGAGGUGUCGGGAGCAUGAGCGUGGGAAGGAUCAACCGCUACAGCAUCGUGUCGUCCGAGGAAGAGGGCCUCCGCCUCACGACCAUGCAUGGCAUGAACGGUUUUGGCAAUGGCAAGAUCCACACACGCCGCAAGUGUCGUAACCGCUUUGUCAAAAAGAACGGGCAGUGCAAUGUGCAGUUUGCCAACAUGGACGACAAGUCACAGCGCUACAUGGCAGACAUCUUCACCACAUGCGUCGAUAUUCGCUGGCGAUGGAUGCUGGUGGUCUUCACUCUUGUGUUUGUGGUCUCCUGGCUUGCCUUUGGUUUGGCCUUUUGGGUCAUCGCUUUGCUGCACGGGGAUCUGGAUAACCCAGCAGGAGAUGACAACUUCACUCCAUGUGUCCUUCAGGUGAAUGGAUUCGUGGCUGCCUUUCUAUUCUCCAUUGAAACACAGUCUACAAUAGGUUAUGGCUACCGUUGUGUCACUGAGGAGUGCCCAGUGGCGGUCUUCAUGGUGGUGUUCCAGUCUAUAGUGGGAUGCAUCAUUGACUGCUUCAUGAUUGGUGCCAUCAUGGCCAAGAUGGCGAGGCCUAAGAAGCGAGCACAAACACUUUUGUUUAGCCACAAUGCUGUCAUUGCAAUGCGGGACGGUAAACUGUGUCUCAUGUGGAGGGUGGGAAACCUUCGCAAAAGCCACAUUGUGGAGGCCCAUGUCAGGGCACAGCUCAUCAAGCCUCGGAUCACAGAUGAAGGGGAGUACAUUCCUCUGGACCAAAUAGACAUCAAUGUGGGCUUUGACAAAGGUCUGGACAGGAUUUUCUUGGUUUCGCCCAUUACUAUUCUCCAUGAGAUAGAUGUGGAGAGCCCCCUUUUUGGGAUCAGCAAACAGGACCUAGAUACAGCCGACUUUGAGAUUGUCGUCAUCUUGGAGGGGAUGGUGGAAGCAACAGCCAUGACCACUCAGGCUCGCAGUUCCUACUUGGCCUCUGAGAUCCUUUGGGGCCACAGGUUUGAACCUGUCUUGUUUGAGGAGAAGAACCUUUACAAAGUGGAUUACUCACACUUUCACAAAACUUACGAGGUCCCGUCCACCCCCAGAUGCAGUGCCAAGGACAUGGUGGAGAACAAAUUCCUUGUACCCAGUUCGAACACAUUCUGCUACGAAAAUGAGCUAGCUUUCCUCAACCGGGAAGAUGAGGAGGAGGAUGUAGGUGGUGGUAGUAGGGCACUGGCAAAUCUCAGUCCAGACCGGAACAGCCGGCAUGAGUUUGAACGCUUACAGGCCACCAGGGCACUGGAUCAAAGGUCUUAUCGGAGAGAGUCUGAAAUAUGACCUCUUAAAAACUUAAACGCCGAACAAUGCAAAGUGCCAUAGGAAAAGCUGACUAAUGUGGCAGGAUAUGAAAAACAAGUGAUAUACUGUAAAGAAUGUGCAAAACUAGGAGUAUGCCGUUUAGGAAAUUGGAUCUACAAUCAAGGAAAUGACUAGAGAAAGACCUUCUUCCUUCAUGGAAACUUGAAUCUUUUUUCACAUGCUCACUUUGAAUUAAGAGUGUUAUAAUAACAACACACGGAGCUAUGACAAAUUGUGUAAAUACAUUUCUUAGUGCACUCUCAGUUUCUCAAAGCACCAAUGAAAAGUAGAAUGCACUCUGUCAACUUCUUCUUGAGAACAACAUUCUUAUUGUGUAAUUUGCUGGACAUGAGUUCAGUGACACAUUGAAAAUUCAGAUGCAGUGAGCCAUAAUAAAACACCUGAUCACGAGCCACUGAGAACAACACAAUUAGACAUUCAUUUGGGUUAUGUUGUUAUUUCUAAAGUCAACAUUACUUGUACUGUUAAGGGAAAAAAACGUACUGACUCAAAUGCAACAUGUAGUGGUAAAUAUACUGUAUCAAACAAAAGUGAAUAGACCUUCAUCACCACCUUCUCAAGUGACAAUACUAAAGUAAAAACUGUUGUCAGCUAUUUAGGCAAUAAUGGCUGUGUGUUGAUUUUCAGUGGGUAGGAAAUCUAUACUGCUAUACAAGCUGCACACUAACUACUCUAAAGUAUAUCCACAUUACAAUACUCACUUUUGUGAGAUACUGUAUACUGUAUGAGCUCACAGCCUGGAUGCACACGUCUUAUAACAAGAAACCGUCAUUAUAUAUUAUAUUAUACAUUUUUUAGGGGUGUCACAAGAUCUUGUGUCACAAGAUCUCACAAGACUAAAAUGUGACAAGAUUUCUCAUUCUGAAAAAAAAUGUCUCGUGGGCACUAGGCCUGGGACGAAUAAAUGAAAACGAACUGGAUAAUUUUGCCGGUCUCAGUAUAUGGCCAUGUGCAUGCGUGCCUGUUCUCCUCGUCUCCUGCCUACAAAAAGACAGGAAGAGGAUUCACUCUGUGCAUUGGUUUCAGCACCUUGGCAUGUUUGUUCUACAGAACAACGGAGCCCUUUUGUCAGUCAUACAGUCUCUUUGUCUCGGUGGGCUGAGAUGGGGCUGGUAGCAUACACACAGAGUGCAGAAGACUGUAACAUAAUAGAAAUUAAAUGAGUAGAUUGCAAUAUAUUGUCAUAUUUUUUUAGAUUUUUUCAUUGUACUUUUCUUAAAAGUAAAAUCUUGUCUGGUCUCGUUCUCGUAGACCUAAUCUCGUGUCUUGUGAACUGAGUGUCUCGUGACACCCCUAAUUGUUACACAUUAUAACAAAAUUGAGUGUGGACUGAGAGCGGGCAUUUGGGAGCAUUGUUUCAAGGAGCACCUUAACAUGUUUGUUUUACUUUCUGCUAUUUAAGCAAAACCUUUAUAGGAGUAUGUCAAACAAAAUAUCACACAUGAGUUUUUUUCUCCCAUUGCAUUCAGAAACAUCAACUCUAUACGAACAAAAUAUCAAUCAAAUCAAUCUUUUUUCCCUCUCUUCAUAAAUUAAUAUAUGCAUAUUGUUAAUAAUGUCAGGGGGUAAAUAACAAAUCAUAUUUAAAGUACUACUAUUUCAUUGCUGACACAUUAUUUUGUCUCGUACAUAAAUCACAAUAUUGCUGAUCAAAAAUCCUUAAUAUGUCAAGUGCUGCAGAAUAUAUGCAGAAAGCAUCCUAAUGUAUUUCUUUGGCAAGAGAUCCUCUCAUUGUCAAGUAUUCUAAAUAAACUCAACUACACAUUACAAGGGCAAACAUGCCAACAAAUCACUAUACGUUAUGUUAAUAAAGAGACAAAAGGGAGAAUUUAUUUGCCAAUUUAAUGUAGCACUACCCUUUAAAGUGAUACCUCGCUUUUCGUCAUUAUUUAUUUCCAAAAACUCAGGCUAAAAUUAAAACGUACGCAAACUGAGGCAAUUUUUCUCAUAGGAAAUCAUGUAAAUUCAAUUAGUUUCAGACACCCAAACACAUUAGCAAAAAAAAUACAUUUUACAGAAAAUAAUUAGUUUUACAUGCAAAAUAAUUGUAAUUUAUGGAGUCCCUUAAGGGACAUGGAGAAAAAAAAAUGGUAAGUAAAAAAAAAAAAAAAAAAAGGAAGGAUUUUUGCGAGAUCUUGCAAAACUACAGUACAGGCCAAAAGUUAGGACACACCCUCUCAUUCAAUUCAAUUCAAAUUUUCUUUAAUUUCAUGACUAUUUACAUUGUAGAUUCUCAAAACUAUGAAUAAACACAUGUGGAAUUAUAUACCUGACAAAAAAGCGUGAAAUAACUCUAAAUAUGUCUUAUAUUUUAAAACAUAUAUUUUAUGUCUUAAAAAUUUUUUUGAUAGCACUGCAAACUCUUGUUCUUCUCUCAAUGAGCUUCAUGAGGUAGUCACCUGAAAUGGUUUUCACUUCACAUGGUGCCUUGGCAGGCAAUUUCUUGCCUCAUUAAUGGAGUUGGGACCUUGGGGUUGUAUUGUGUGUGUCCAAACUUCUGGCCUCUACUGUAUGUGAAGCUACAGGACACACUUUUGGUCAUAGCUUGCCUCCACAUAGCAAAAAUUGGGUAGAAAUCCAUAAUUUAAUUUCCAUCUUCAGCAUUUGCGCAUCCCUUACUGCACAAAUGUAGACGUAUAAAGUGAUAUUGUGACUAUAGGAAUUCCGUGAUGGUUCUUCGGUUCAUCUUUUGAAAAUAUAAUGCUAACAUCCGGUCCAAGCUAGUGUUGCUGGAAAAACAUCUCUUUGAGUACUCGAACUUGAAAGGAAAUACAAUGAUUAGCCAUACAAUGGAUUCUUUCACUUGUGUGCACUGCUUGUCCUCUAAGUAAACAGUCAUAUCAGAAACUCAACGAAUGUGCUGCUCUUAAUUUGAAGUUUCAAUGCAAACAUCCGCUUUGAACACGAAAGUAGAGGAAGUACAAUGCUCUUAAUGUAUGUAGUUUUGUGAGAUCUCGCAAAAGUAUUGUGGGAUCCCUCAAAAAUUCGUUUUUCUUUUUUUUUUUUACCCAUCAAUUUUUUUUCUCCAUGUCCCCUCCGUAGUAAAUGACGAAUGGAUCGAACUUAUUGUUGAUGCGGAUUUCCCUUACAUCCUGGUGAUAUCAAAUUCAAUAGUGUUUCUCACUACUUUGUCAAAGAGCUGGAACUGCUGGAACUUUAUUUGGCUCCAUGGCAGGUUAUUUAGCAGUCACACUCAAUAAGAAAUGCAUGGACAGUGAGUCAAUAACGCGUAAGGUUCUUUGUUAACGCACUUGAUUUUACGAAACGAUACAGUACAGGGCAAACGGACUAGUUUGCUACAGCCAAUAUUAUACGAAAACCAAGACAUGGUAUGAAAACGUAGGCAGAAUUUUACAGAACAUUAUAGAGGAAGACCAGGGUGUACAAAAACCGGUCUAAAGACAAACCACAGUAUGAGCUAGUUUAAAAUGAAAGUGAACAGUACAGUCCAACAUGUUUAUGUUACAUUGUAUGGAAAACUGCAUUUUAGCAAUGUGCUGAUGGAUAAAAUGCAUUGGACCAAAGCGUGGAUGGAAGCAAUAAACACUUAUUGUUUUAAGUGCGGAUGGAAGCGUGGAUGGAAGCGUACCAUUGAGUUCUUCACAGUUAGUUUUUUUCCCCUCACUGGUUAUUUUGAAAAACACUGAUUAUUAAUAUUUACUUUUGUGGAAGACUUGAAUAAUCCCAGAUAAGCACACAAAAUGAAAUAAUAAAUACUUAUCAUAGGUCAAAAGAAAUCUAACAAACUAAAAUAUUUGCUGUAAGAAGUUAAAUAAUACUCACCACUGAGUUGGUUUGAAAUACCUCGAACCACGAUUAACACUACAUACCGUAGUGAUAUUCUGUCACAAUAUACUAUUAAACAAAUGCUGUUUGUUUAUAGAGUUAUAUGCAGUAAGAGUGUGUGUAUAGAAGGAAAACUUGAACUGAAAGCUCAGGAAAGGACCGUGAAAUGUUUGCAAUGUUGGUCACGAUGUCUGCAUUUUUAUCAGUUUUAUCACUUUGAACCCCACACAUGGACUCCUUGUUAUUUUUCCUAGGCAUGAACUGUGAUAUAAGGAGAAACAUUUAUCAGCUCAUUGCCUUCUGGGAAGGAUUUAUAUGCUGAUGUUUCCCUGAAAGUAAGGUGAAGCGCCACACAAUGUCCUUUCCUGCAUAGUUUAAUCAUUUCAAAUGAGAUUAUGUCAGAUUUUCUUUUGCUGUCAUCCACCUGAGCCCUUAAGAAUAACCACACAUGUUUUAAAUAAUAAUAUGAAAAAAGUCUAUAGCGUAAUAGUAUAGUGACAUUAUAGAACUGGCUGAAUACAGCAGCUUAUUUUUAUACAACAUUCUUUUUGAUAGAAUUGUCAGAAUUCAAAAAUGAAUCACUUUGGGGAGGAUGGUUUAAUUUUCAUUUUAGCACAUAUUUGAACAGGUAUUUCUCUUAAAGGGAUGAUUGGAAAAAACCUUUGACCUCUGUAGAAGUCUUCCUAAGUCUAGUAAAUUGUCUACUGGGCUUUUGAUUUUCAUUCAGUCAUUUAAGUAAUUCAAAUAAA